GAGAGGGGACAGCGUGGCCGGCGGGGAGUGGCUCGGAGCCUCCCCCGGCUGCCGCUCCUAGGGGCUGGAGGGAUUGCGGCGGCUGCAGGAUGCUCGCGCCCUCGCUUCGGUCCCCGGCUCCCCGGCAGCAGCGGCGCGGGGCGCUGCCGAGGCAGAGCGGAGGCGGCGCGGGCGGCUGCCCCCGAUGGAGCCUGGCCCCGCUGGGCCCCCGGGCCGGAGCCGGGCGCUGCGCCGCAGGCGGCGGCGGCUGCUGGCGGCCGGGCUGAGCUGCACGCUGCUGGCCCUGUACGCCUGGCUGCCGGAGCUGCCCGCGCUGGACGCGUGGCCCGGCCGGACGCGGCCCCCGCCGGAGGUGACCGUGCUGCUGUGGUGGGAGCCCUUCGGCCACCGCCGCCAUAUGACCGACUGCCAGCGGCGCUUCAACAUCAGCGGCUGCCGGCCCAGCGCCGACCGCAGCCGCUACCGGGAGGCGCAGGCUGUGAUCUUCCACCACCGGGACCUCGUCCUCCACGGCCUGGGCCAGCUGCCCGCCGGCCCCCCGCAGCGCCCCCCGGCCCAGCGGUGGGUGUGGAUGAACUUCGAGUCCCCCUCGCACUCGCCCGGGCUCAGGGACCUGGCUGGCAUCUUCAACUGGACCAUGUCCUACCGGGUGGACUCGGACAUCUUCGUGCCCUACGGGUACCUCCGGGCCAGGCGGGCGGCCUCGCACUUCAGCCUGCCCCGCAAGACCAAGCUGGUGGCCUGGGUCAUCAGCAACUGGAACGAGGCGCAUGCCAGGGUGCGCUACUACCACCAGCUGAGGAAGUACGUCCCCAUCGACGUGUAUGGGGCACAAGGCCUGGCCCUGGAGCAGGGCAGCAUGGUGAGGACCAUCUCCCAGUACAAGUUCUACCUGGCCUUUGAAAACUCCCAGCACCCCGACUACAUCACCGAGAAGCUGUGGCGGAAUGCCUUCAAAUCCAGCGCCGUGCCCGUUGUGCUGGGCCCUUCCAGGUCCAACUACGAGCUUUUUAUCCCGCCCGGCUCCUUCAUCCACGUCGACGACUUCCCCAGCCCUAGGAAGUUAGCUAUCUACCUGAAAUUCCUCGACCAAAACAAACCCCUCUACAGGCGGUACUUCGCCUGGAGGGACAAAUAUGAUGUUCAUAUGACUUCGUUCUGGGAUGAGCAAUACUGCAAGGUUUGCGAGGCUGUCAGGACAGCUGGGGAUCAGCUCAAGACCAUACAAAAUUUAGCUAGCUGGUUUGAAAGCUGAUAAUGUUGGUUGGGGAGGUUUUCUUUGUUGGCUUCUCUUGGGGAUGCAGUGCAGUCAAACCAAGGCUUAAAAAGUACCGGUUCUCAGGGGGUCACACACCCGCCAAAAAAAAAUAGAGGAUUUCAGAAGUGUGUCUGAGCUGUUGCUUGAGAGGCAGGAUUAAAAAUGUGGGUGAACAGACCAUCAGACCACUAUAUGUUUGUUAUGAACCUAUGCAAUUCCAUCUUUGAGCUAUGACAGACCUAGCACUUUCUCAAGAACUUGAUUAUUUGGUCAUCCAGAGCGGAAACCAUAAAUGCAGCACGGUGUUAGACACAAAUAAACUAUGCCAAUUUCUGUCACUCAGCCAAUUUUGUCAGCUGUGACAGUUUCCAGAAUUGUGAGACUUCCUCAUACAGUUCUGACUGUGUAUUUUUAUUCCCUUCUGGGAACAUAUUUCUGCUGCACAAAGGCAAAUGUAUUAACAGUGAUCAUUGGGAAGAUGCAAACUCCUUUGCAUACAAAUUCCGACCCUGGUGCCUUUAAUGUAAUAUUAUAACAAUGCACAGGCAAUUUCUGGCAGUGUUUUAAAGAGCUAUAACCAAAAAUAAAAAUGGAAAAAUCCUUUACUAGGCAUCUUAAAAGUCCCAGUGAGGAAAAAGUGUGUGGAAGGAUGUGGGUGUGAGUAGAAAAAUAACAAGCUCUGCAGGGUAGCAAGUAAUUCCUCUGCUGCCUGCUGAAAUUAAGUGCGUUCCUGCCCUGUAUGAAGGUGAAGAGGAGACCUAGGGAAAGGAGAGGAAGGAAUACAGAAAUAAAGCAGGAGCUCAUCCAUCUUUGCUUUAUUCAGGAAUCAGAAUGUGUUUAAAGGAGUCUGCAUGUUUUUCUCUGUAACAGUACUGCCACACAGGAAAUGGCAGGGGAAGGUUCAGAACAAUGCAAAUUUUGUUACUACAGAUGAAACAUUUAUGAAAAGGUUAAUUUAUUUCUAUAUUAUUAGAAGUUCUUGUAUAAUGGUUAAUCAAGGCUUGCAACAUGAAUUUUAAAUCAGUCUAUCAGGUGGUGGACAAUUCAAAAUGCUGUUUUGUGGUAAAUUGUAAGUACAGUUCUCUUUCUUAUAGAAAAACAUUAUGGAAAACUAGGUCUAAGCUAUAUUUUUAAAAUGUUUGAUACUGAGAGAGAAUGCAAAUGGAGGAGGACAGAGAUCUAUUAUUUACUGAGUUUAUUUUUCUGAUACCUUUAUUCCAGUUUUUUUUGUUUUGUUUGUUUAGAUAAAAUGAGGUCCCUAGGCUAGAAACUUUCCUGUUAGUGCAAUGGGUCCCAACUCUUUAAUGCAAUUGUGUCAGUUUGCCAGACUAAGAUUUUGGCAUACCAGUCAGUAUUUUCUACCUCCUAGUUCAGUGGUCCCCAACUUUUCUGUGGGAAUAGCACAUUCCUAUUCCCAGAAGACUGUGGUGGGCGCCAAACACCCCGCCGCUGAAAUACCGCCGAGAAACGGUGGGCGGUUCUCCGGCGGCAUUUUGGCGGCGCGAUGUCCUGCGGGUGCACACAACUGCCCCGGUGGGUGCCAUUGCGCCCGCGGGCACCGCGUUGGGAACCCCUGUCCUAGUUACUUGCCACCUCCAGUGUCUGCAUGCUUUCCAACCCACAAAAGGCCUUGGGCGGCUCUCCUCUGGUGUUUCAGGUGCCCAAGCUUUAUUGCAGGUUAAAGGGCACACAGUUGCCACACACUGCAGUGCAAUACAGACAUUUAUGGGCCUUUUUCUGCAACCCAUGGACCUCAGUAGGAAUAGGAUUGGGUCUAAAGGAAGGAAGGGGGAGACCAGUUUCAAAAGAAUGACGUGUCAGUACAGGUAAGUUUACCAGCAUUGGGGACCAGUAUUCUGAAGAGGUUUGGACUUGAUCUGAACUUAUUACAUGGCGAGUUGCUAGUUUUGAGAUUCAUUUGCUGUCAGCAGACUAUAAUAUACUUUAAAUCAGUGGUUCCCAUGGCUAGGUAGAUGGUCAAGUGACACUUCUGUACAUUAUUGAAUAUUUUUGAAUAUUUAAUAUUAUUAUUAAUAAUAAUAAAACUGGUGCAUGAGCCACUGGCUGGUGGUCAGGUCACACACUGCUGGUUCCCAUCUGUAUUCCCGGUUGCUAAAGUUUCAGUAAAAUGCAGCUAAAAGCACUUCAUAUUCUUUCCUGAUCUUACUCUUUGAUAUUGGCAAUUGCCAUAGUUGCUGCAGGGAUAUUAUAUGAUUCUGAAUGUCAAGGAAGAUGGUCUGCACAAUUGGGAGUGGGAUGGGCAGGUCCGUGAGACUCAUUAAAAUGUGGUCCACAUCAUGGAAAAAGUUAGAGAACCACAGUUUGGAGUGCUAAUCUAAAGUUCUGAUUUAUCAUUUAUUACAUAAAUUGUAGGGCUGUUGAUUAAUCACAGUUAACUCAUGUGAUUAACAAAAAAAAUUAAUCACAGUUGUAAUGGCACUGUUAAACAAUAGAAUACCAAUUUAAAUUUAUUACAUAUUUUGGAUGUUUUUCUACAUUUUCAAAUAGUAUUCUGUGUUGUAACUGAAAUCAAAGUGUAUAUUAUUUUUGAUUACAAAUAUCUGCACUGUAAAAAUGAUAAAAAAAUAGUAUUUUUCAGUUCACAUCAGACAAGUACGGUAGUGCAAUCUCUUUGUUGUGAUAGUGCAACUUACAAAUGUAGAUUUUUUUUGUUUGUUUGUUACAUAACUGCACUCAAAACCAACAAUAUAAAACUUCAGAACCUACAUGUCCACUCAGUUCUUGUUCAGCCAAUUUACAAGUUUGUUUACAUUUAAGGGAGAUAAUGCUGCCCACUUCUUAUUUAUAAUGUCACCAGAAAGUGAGAACAGGCAUUUGCAUGGCACUUUUGUAGCCGGCAUUGCAAAGUAUUUAGUGCCAGAUACACUAAACAUUCGUAGGCCCCUUCAUGCUUCGACUACCAUUCCAGAGGACUUGCUUCCAUCCUGAUGAUGCUUGUUAAAAAAAUGUGUUAAUUAAAUUUAUGAUUGAACUCCUUGAGCGAGAACUGUAUGUCCCCUGCUGUGUUUUACCCGCAUUCUGCCAUAGAUUUCAUGUUAAAGCAGUCUCGGUUGAUGACCCAGCACAUGUUGUUCAUUUUAAGAACACUUCCACUGCAGAUUUGACAAAGAGCAAAGAAGGUAUCAAUAUGAGAUUUCUAAAGAUAGCUGCAGCACUUGACCCAAGAUUUAAGAAUCUGAAGUGUCUUCCAAAAUCUGAGAGGGAUGAGGUGUGCAGCAUGCUUUCAGAAGUCUUAAAAAAGCAACACUCUGUGCGGAAACUACAGAACCCAGACUACCAAAGAAGAAAAUCAGCCUUCUGAUGGUGGUAUCUGACUCAGAUAAUGAAAAAGAACAUGCGUCGGUCUGCACUGCUUUGGAUUGUUAUCGAGUAGAGUAGAGUAGAGUAUGGAUGCAUGUCCCCUUGAAAGGUGGUUGAAGCAUGAAGGGACUUAUGAAUCUAUAGCGCAGCUGGCAUAUAAAUAUCUUGUGAUGCUGGCUGCCACAGUGCUAUGAAAACACCUAUUCUCACUUUCAGGUGACGUGAACAGGAAGCAGGCAGCAUUAUCUUCUGCAAAUGUAAACAAACUCAUUUGAGUGAUCGGCUGAACGAGAAGUAGGACUGAGUGGACUUGCAGGGUCUAAAAUUUUACAUUGUUUUAUUUUUGAAUGCAGUUUUUUGUACAUAAUUCUACAUUUGUAAGUUCAACUUUCAUGACAAAGAGAUUGCACUUGCAGGAUAUGGCUUGAUGGGCUUCUUUGAGCAUCCAAAUGCAAACCUGUAUGCCUACAACUGGAACUUUCUGUUUUUUAAUCACAACAUGUUGAAUUCUAUUUAUUAAAAAAUAAAUGUAGAUGAUUGUAUUGUGGAAUAUAUUUUGCAACAUUGCCAGCCUUGCCAAGUCUUUUCUAGUGUGAAAUAUGAAAAUUGUUUGUUGUGAAACAACCCAAUAGGUUCAGCUCAGAAAUGUUAAAAGUUUUGUUCUAAAAGCAAAAUUAAAUAUUUUAAAAUAGACACAUCGAAUUCAGAACAAACUGAAGCAAAUGGAUUGGAAUUGCAGGAGAACAAGAACAUGAAUUUUACAUAUUUAAACAACCAGAACUAUGUGGGAAUUACUGAAUCUAUAUUACUCCUGGGGGAAUUCUGCACUACUGUGCGUGCACAUAAUUAAUGAACCAUGCAUAUUUUUAAUUUUUUGCGCAAAACAGAGCUUCUGCUGAAAUGUUGCUGCAGUUCUGUCUUUUGCCUACUAGAUGGCACUGUGGUGAUAGAACACAGCAGCCGCUCCCAACCAGCUAGAGAAGAGAAAGAGCCUGCCUUCUUCACAGCACCUGUCAGGCCAGGUCAGGAGACAGGUGCUAUGGGGAGACAGACAGCGUGGGGUACUG